AUGAGAUAUGUGCCAGUGACCGCUCUCGCCGGCUUCGAUCACGUCGUGGGUCAGUCGCUACGACGUCACGAAAACAACAACAAUCGCCUCGACCCCACUCAACCACUCAACCGCCGAUCCGAGCUUGAACGUCCUGCCUUUUCAGACGCUCCUUCUGCCUGGCCCGGAUAUCAGCAGAGCAAAGGUCGCUCUCAGCUUGGGAGUCGCAGUGGUAGCCGCCUGUCAUGUCUGCACUCGAAGGAUUUCGUGAUCGUGAUUCUCUACGAUGGCCGCAUUAUCGUGGGAAGAUUAAAGGGCAAUGACAACUACUGCAACCUGAUUCUGUCGGACAGUGUCGAGCGCGAGUACUCGGCGGACAAGGGCGUUGAGAUGAUCUCGCUGGGGCUCUACAUGAUCAAGGGUGACAAUGUUGCUCUGAUCGCCGAGGUCGACGAGGAUAAAGACGGAUCUCUGGACUACUCGGAAAUCAUGGCCGACCCGCUACCGGAGAUCAAGUACUAA